CAGCACUUUUAUUGGUGAACGCUGCCGUCGCUCGGGCGGUGGCGGGCUCCGGGAUUGGCGGGUGCAGGGCGGGCGGUGUCAGGCUCUCGGUGGCGGCGGAGGCGGCGGAGGCCAGGGAGGAAGAUGUCGUAAUGAGCGAUCCACAGACCAGCAUGGCCGCCACUGCUGCUGUCAGUCCCAGUGACUACCUGCAGCCCGCUGCCUCCACUACCCAGGACUCCCAGCCAUCUCCCUUAGCCCUGCUUGCUGCAACAUGUAGCAAAAUUGGGCCUCCAGCUGUUGAGGCUGCUGUGACCCCUCCUGCUCCCCCCCAGCCCACUCCACGGAAACUUGUCCCUAUCAAACCUGCCCCUCUCCCUCUCAGCCCUGGCAAGAAUAGCUUUGGAAUCUUGUCAUCCAAAGGAAACAUACUUCAGAUUCAAGGGUCACAGCUGAGUGCAUCUUAUCCUGGGGGUCAGCUGGUGUUUGCCAUCCAGAAUCCCACCGUGAUCAACAAAGGGACCCGAUCAAAUGCCAACAUCCAGUACCAGGCAGUCUCUCAGAUUCAGGCAAGCAGUGGCCAGACCAUCCAAGUACAGCCCAAUCUCACCAACCAGAUCCAGAUCAUCCCUGGCACCAACCAAGCCAUCAUCACCCCCUCACCAUCCGGUCACAAGCCUGUCCCCAUCAAGCCAGCCCCUGUCCAGAAGUCGGGUACGACUACCACCCCCGUGCAGAGCGGGGCCAACGUGGUGAAGCUGACAGGUGGGGGUGGCAACGUGACACUGACUCUGCCUGUCAACAACCUUAUGAACACCAGCGACACCGGGGCCUCCACUCAGCUCCUCACAGAGAGCCCUCCCAUCCCGCUGUCCAAGACUAACAAGAAAGCCAGGAAGAAGAGUCUUCCAGCCUCUCAGCCCUCUGUGGCCGUGGCUGAGCAGGUGGAGACGGUGCUGAUUGAGACCACAGCGGACAACAUCAUCCAAGCAGGAAACAACCUGCUCAUCGUUCAGAGCCCCGGUGGGGGCCAGCCGGCUGUGGUGCAGCAGGUCCAGGUGGUGCCCCCCAAGGCCGAGCAGCAGCAGGUGGUGCAGAUCCCCCAGCAGGCCCUGAGAGUGGUGCAGGCGGCAUCUGCCACCCUCCCCACUGUCCCCCAGAAGCCCUCCCAGAACUUUCAGAUCCAGGCGGUUGAGCCAGCGUCUACUCAGGUCUACAUCCGUACGCCUUCCGGUGAGGUGCAGACGGUCCUUGUCCAGGACAGCCCCCCAGCAACAGCUGCAACCACAUCUACCACCACUUGUAGCAGCCCUGCACCCCGCGCUCCCCAUCCGAGCGGGACCAGCAAAAAACACUCAGCUGCAAUUCUCCGGAAAGAGCGUCCCCUGCCAAAGAUCGCCCCCGCUGGUAGCAUCAUCAGCCUGAAUGCAGCCCAGCUGGCGGCUGCGGCCCAGGCCAUGCAGACCAUCAACAUCAACGGUGUCCAAGUCCAGGGUGUGCCUGUCACCAUCACCAACACCGGCGGGCAGCAACAGCUGACGGUACAGAAUGUUUCUGGAAACAACCUGACUAUCAGUGGGCUGAGCCCCACUCAGAUCCAGCUGCAGAUGGAGCAGGCCCUGUCUGGAGAGGCCCAGCCCGGGGAGAAGCGGCGCCGCAUGGCCUGCACGUGUCCCAACUGCAAGGAUGGGGACAAGAGGUCUGGAGAGCAGGGCAAGAAGAAGCAUGUAUGCCAUAUCCCCGACUGUGGCAAGACUUUCCGGAAGACAUCCUUGCUGCGGGCCCACGUGCGCCUGCACACCGGCGAGCGGCCCUUUGUCUGCAACUGGUUCUUCUGUGGAAAGAGGUUCACACGGAGUGACGAACUCCAGCGGCACGCCCGCACCCACACAGGGGACAAACGCUUCGAGUGUGCCCAGUGUCAGAAGCGCUUCAUGAGGAGUGACCACCUCACCAAACAUUACAAGACCCACCUGGUCACGAAGAAUUUGUAAGGCCCACUGAGGCGGGAAGCCCUGAAGAUGCAAUCCCCCUGGUGUCCUGCCUGGGCCCCUGGUGGAAAGGAGGCCCAUGGCUGCCCUGGACCCACCCUCACUCCUCCCUCCUGUUUUGCAACUGUCCUCACAGGAAGGGGGUUUGCUGCCCCAUGCUCACCUCCUUCUGAAGCCCCUUGGCUCUGCCCUGGCCCUUCCCUGUCACCAGACCGUGGACACUGGCUCUGCCCAAUGAGACGUUCUAAACCAGGACGAGUGGGAACCUUUAUUUCCAAAGGAAAAACAUGAAUUUCACUCCAUCGAGGAGCAAAGUGAGCCCCCUCACCCCCCCAACACUGCCGGAGUUGCAUCAUUGUGCCAUGCCCCUCUCUCUUGCACCUCCCUGGCCCCCCAGCCACCCUUGAUGCCCCAGGCCCUGCACCCAGGGCACCACUGGCAUCCACCACCUGAGAGGCUCAAGGGGCCGCCUCCACUCCACAUGCCCCAGCCCCGCUACAACUCUUCUCCAGCACAUUCCAACUUUCUAUUUAAAAAUAAAGCUACCCACGGACUCCCUCAUCCCUUUUUCUAUGGAGAACGUUGCCUUAUACUCUACUUCAGAUAAUGAACACUGUGUAUUGUGUGUGCUUUAAAAGUUUUAUUUAAUUGCUCCCUUCUUCCUGUCCUUGUUACUCACCUCCCCCAUGCCUGCUUUCAGUUUAGGGUUUUGGGGGGCAAUGAUGAGCAUAUGGAUUUUUUUUCUCACUAGCAAUUCCUUUUCUAAAUGACACAGCAUUUCAAUUCAAAUCUGGAUUCAGAUAAAAACAACUUCACAUCCUGAACCUUUCCGUUCUCCCUUCAUCUCACCCACCCCUACCGGCCCAAGCUCUAGUUAUGUACAGUGUAUAUUGUAUAAUAGACAAUUGUGUCUACUACAUGUUUAAAAACAUAUUGCUUGUUAUUUUUGAGGCUUUUAAAUUAAACAAAAUACAACUUUAUUUUUAGUUGUAACUGCUUGAGGUAUGUUUUAUGAUUGACAGAUUUGUUAUCCUUUAUUAACGAUGUACUUCUGUUGUUCAGCAGUGGGCUGACAAAAAUUUUUUCUUGCUAAUAAAUUUAGUUGCCUGAGGCAAAAUCUGCAA